AAAUUUUUGAGGUUAGAAUUCAAUUGUCAAAAUCAGCUGUUCAAAACAAAAAUAUUUUGAUUUUCGCCCCGAGUUCACGUGCUCUAAGCAUGAAGUGUGCAAAAAUCUGUGUUCAAUUGCAAGGUUUAUUGACCUUCCGACGGUGUCUGACCACAUCCCCAAAAAUCUCAGUUAAACUCAGUGAUAUAGUGCCUGAAUACAAUGUUUCCUACCUCCUCAAUCCAGCAAAUUCCCAGAAUAUUUCCGAUAACAUUGUGCGGAGAAAGGGAGUUGGAGACAUUCAGAAAGUUCAUCAUUUAGCCAGAAAACUCAGAGACAACCCAGAUGCUGCCACACAAAAAGAGCUCCAAGAAGAACUGGGAAAGAUCCCCAAUGACACUCAUCCCGAUGUCAUUGACUACGGAGAGGAACCCAAAGUGCUACAACUGGUCAAUGAGAAGAGAAAGUUCUCCUUCAAGCCGCAGCAAUUUGCAGAAAUCUGCCGGAAGAAUAAUCUCCUGCGAAUGGAGAAACUGGGAAAUUUUUCAGGACACAAGAGCUACUAUCUCUUGGGGGAUUUGGCUGAGUUGGAACAAGCCCUUCUUCACUACACUGUUGAUCAACUGUCUGCCCAUCAGUUUCAAUUAGUCUCAGUGCCAGACAUUGUUCCUGCCCAGGUGAUUGAGGGUUGUGGUUUUAGCACAAGUGGCGAAAGGAAUCAAGUGUACAAGCUCAGUGAACCUCCCUUUUGCCUCUCAGGAACUGCAGAAAUGGCCCUGGCAGCAUACUUUGCUGGAGAGAUUUUACCAGAAGAAAUCCUUCCAGUUAAAGUAAUGGCUGUGUCCAGGUGCUAUCGUGCAGAAGUGUCAGGGUUGCAGGAAGAGCGAGGAAUUUACAGAGUUCAUCAAUUCAGCAAAGUGGAAAUGUUUGGAGUGGCUGAACCCGGAAAAUCUGAUCAGCUUCUUGAAGAAUUUAAAAACAUUCAAGUGGAUCUGUUCAGGAGACUAGGACUUCAUUUUCAAAUUCUCGAUAUGCCUCCGAUGGAACUUGGAGCUCCGGCUUAUCGAAAAUACGAUAUUGAGGCAUUUCUUGAGGGUCGGGGAGCGUAUGGAGAAAUUUCCAGUUGCAGCAAUUGCACGGAUUUUCAGGCUCGUCGUUUGGGUAUCAAGACGGCAUCAGGGAAAUUUGCCCAUACUGUCAAUGGCACAGCUUGUGCAGUUCCUCGAAUGCUCAUAGCUAUUUUAGAGGCUUUCCAGAAUCCCGAUGGCACGAUUUCUGUUCCAGGUUCUCUUCAACCUUACCUGACUUUCGAUAAAAUCACUCGCCGGAAAGCCAUUCCUCAAACGAAGCUGGUGAAGAAGAUAGAAAAUCCUGGGUUUGCAGCAUAGAGAUAAGAUCAAUGGCAAUUCUCGAUAUUUUUAUUGAAAAAAAAAUGAUAGAAAUAAUAAAGAGAAUUGAUUGUUAGUGAUCCAUGAAAAGUAAAACUCAUUAUGAAAUAAAUCUUGUCAUUAUAAAAAAAA